AUGGCGGCAACAGACGUGGCUCCCCAGUUUGGAGCGGAGCUAAAGGACUCGUUCAAGCCUGUCAACGCUUGGGUAUCAAAUGGCAUAACAUGGCUGGACGAGAUUCAAAGCUUCUACCGGGAGCGCAGUGUGAUUGAAAAGGAGUAUGCUGCUAAACUGUCAGCCCUCUGCAAGAAAUACCAUGAUCGCAAAGCCAAGAAGAUUGGCCCGCUUAGUGUCGGUGACACUCCAACUAUGACUCCAGGGUCUCUCGAAAGUGCUUCUCUGACAACAUGGACAACACAAUUGACUACAGUCGAAGCACUUGCAGCAGAGCGCGACAAAUUUGGCACGGAGUUAGUCACUCAUGUUGCCGAACCAUUGAAACAAGCGUCGUUACAAUAUGAGGAGAUCCGCAAGUGCCACUCUGAUUAUCAUGGCAAAUUAGAAAGAGAGCGGGAUGCAUCAUACGGAGAAUUGAAAAAGGCCAAGGGCAAAUACGACGGUGCUUGUCAGGAGGUCGAGUCACGCCGAAAGAAGAUGGAGUCUUCGUUUGAUCAUGGUAAAACCAAGGCACAGAGCGCAUUUCAGCAACAGAUCCUGGAGAUGAACAAUUACAAGAAUCUGUACCUGAUCAGCAUCAAUGUGACCAACAAACAGAAGGAGAAAUUUUUUCAUGAGUAUGUCCCGGAGAUUAUUGAUGGUUUGCAAGACCUCAAUGAGACUCGUGUGGCAAGGUUGAACGCUAUAUGGACCCUGGCCAUACAACUGGAAAAGAACGCAUUAACAAACUGUGUCAACCAUGCUUCGCAUCUUCUGACCGAGAUCCCUCGUAAUGAUCCUCGACUUGACUCCAUGAUGUUCCUCCAACACAAUGCCAUUCAGUCGCAAGAGCCCGCCAACAUGGGCUUUGAGCCAAGCUCAAUUUGGCAUGACGACGAUGCCAUCAUAGUCGAUGAUGCAGCCAAGAUCUUCUUGCGCAAUGUGCUUGGAAAGAGUAAAGUACAGGUUCGUGAACUCCGGGUGGAGGCGGACUCAAAAAGACGCGAAGUGGAGGGAAGUAGAAAGAUCAGGGAGAACAUCCGCCAGGGCAAGGACAAACGCAGUGAAAUUGAGAUUGUGCGAAACAUCUUCCAGUGGCAAGAGAGCUUGCACGAAGUGGAUCGCAAAUGGCUCACCGCUGAGGUUGAAACGGCUACUAUUAUUGCGGUCGCUGGCGACCUGUCUCUUGGAGCUCAGAACCAUAACUUCCGAUCGCAAACGUUCAAGAUCCCCACAAACUGCGAUUACUGUGGCGAUCGCAUCUGGGGUCUCUCUGCCAAGGGCUUCGACUGUCAAGACUGUGGUUAUACAUGCCACAGUAAAUGUCAGAUGAAGGUUCCAGCAGAGUGCCCGGGUGAACAGUCCAAGGAGGAGAAGAAAAAGCUCAAGGUUGUUCGACAAGAACAAGCUGGAGCUGCGCCUGCGAUCGACCUUGAAUCGUCUACCACCUCAACAGCCGCGCCAUCCCUUACUCGCCAGAAUACCAUGAACUCUCUAAGUUCAGGCUACGCUGCUAGCGGGGCGCGCUCAGUCUCAAAUGUGGCUACUCAUCCCACCCCCGAGGAUGCGGCAGAUGACGCCCCAGCCCCUAUAGCCGAGACGAAGCCAACCGCAGGCAGAAGACACCGGGUGAUGGCCCCACCCCCAGCUGCAUAUGUGAGUGCGCCACCUCCAAUGGAGUCUAGCGCAUCCUCCAAAGCAAAGGGCAAGAUGAUGUAUCCAUACGAGGCGGCUGGCCCAGAUGAGAUAACAGUACAAGAGGGAGAUGAUGUGAUAAUCGUUGAGUCUGAUGACGGAUCCGGUUGGAUGCGUGUUAGCAUAGGACGACAAGACGGCCUUGUCCCCGCAUCAUACGUGGAUCUAGUAUCGACUCCAGCACCAUCAGCUAGUCCAGGUCUCCACGAACGACCGGGCUCCACCUACUCAAACUCAUCAGCCUCGCUGGCUGGCUCCGCGGCACCAAAGCGGGUGGGUCCAGCGGUGGCACCGCGAAGGGGCGCGAAGAAAUUACAGUACGUCGAGGCUUUGUAUGAAUAUGAAGCUCGAAGCGAUAUGGAGUGGAGUAUGGCGGAGGGCGAUCGAUUUGUUCUGAUUAGCCGCGAUGGUGGCGAUGGUUGGGCAGAUGUGGAGCGCGGUGGGGUUACCAAGAGUGUUCCAGCGAACUAUAUCCAGCAAGUGUGA